AUUCCCGUUGUGUGUAUCCGCCGUACCGGCUAACAGAAACCAUGUCCAUCGUUGGCUGGUCGAUACAGCUGCGACCAAGACGCGUCCGCUUUAUAUGCGCAGAGGGGUUGGUGCGGGCCCACUUGGAGGUGUGGAAGUCGUGCAAUCUCCAUCGCUUGAAAAAGUGGAAAGGCAACGGUGGCCGAGUACCCAGUACCGCCGCCAAACCUCUUACAGUGCUACUGCUGCUGCUGCUGCUGCUGCAGUUGAUGAUGGACGAGGCACACGCUGUCAUCACUCUCUUCUUGGAGUGGAAGGGUGUACCUCCCCCCUCCUGUUUCUC